AUGUCAAGGGAAUUUUAUUUCUUUAAAAAAGCAGUGCGGAAUAGACUGGAAGAUGAUACAUUUUUGACACUGUGGGAACUUGUGGAGUCCUGGACUCAAAAUGAUUGGAUGACAAUAUUUUUUAUAAUUUUCCUAGGAAUUAUUUUUGAGAUCAUACUCAUAAAGGUUUAUACAUCCUUUCAAAAGAAGCCUGCACUUCCAGAAAAGGGCAGUUCAGGUGCCCAGAAGAAGAAAGACAGUUGCCUGAAAAGCAUGAAAUUUGAUAACUGGUCAUUUCAUUCCUCAUCUUCGGAAGAAAGAGUUGAUGACUUUUCAGAAAAAACAAUAACUUCAUCACUUAAAACUAAAGACAAUGAAGGCAACUUUGAAGACAGAGUCUCACCAGCAGAUGAAGUAAUAUGGUCAGGUACCAGUGAAAGUAAAUAUCAAGUAAGUUACGUUGGUGAAAGUCAUACGCCAUCUUCAAAUGGGACUAGCUCACCUUUGUCACUGUUUCAUUCAGAAGUAAAGGAUUUUUUUCUAAGCCCUAGAGGAUUUCCAGAAAAUGAACAUAAAACAGGUCAAUUUUCAUCCAAGAAAUUAUUUUCAAUAAUGAAAACGAACAAAAAUAAAAAUCCAGAGUUUUCUUCUGACUUUAACUUUUCAAGAAGUUCUAGCAUCUCCAGAGAAAGUGAAGAUUCCAGAGAAGGUGAAGGUCUAGAUAGGGCACCGUGUCCUCCUGCCCACUUAUUUCUUUCCAGAGACCAAGUCAGACUUCUGGAAGAAAAUGUGAGAAAUCAAAUUCCUUUAAAAUCCAAAACUACAUUAAAGAGUAACACUACUCAUCCAUACUCAAUACCUCAAGAGUCCUUGAUUCAAAAUCAACUUUCUGUUGAAAUGGAUACUUCUGCCCAAGCAGAAGAUUCUUUUCCAGUACAAAACGCAACUCAGAAUCAAGGUUUCUAUGAAGCCAGAUUUAAGAGUCAGGCUCAACAAUUUGUCAACAGCCAUCCUGAUGAUAUGGCCAGAUAUUUUGCUCUGCCUCAAGAUUUGACUAGGAAGCCAUAUUCCAACAGCACACAAGACUCCUUUCAGACCCAAAUUAUGGGCAGAAGCCAACAUUUGAUCAAUGUUCCAUAUUCUGUUGAGACUCAAGAUCCAAUCAAGGGCCUAGAGUCUGAUACAAAACACUUACAUGAAGCCCAAUAUUCUAUCUGGUUUGAAGAUUUAAACAAGACUAAACAUUUAAUGCAGGGGCAAAAUGCUAUUUUUAAGAAUGCCAGAUUUCUAGUUUUAACUGUAAGUCCAAAUUCAUUUGCAGAAGAGCUACUCCAAAUAAGGAGUGUAAAGCCAGAGGGCCAGAAACAAAUUGCUUCAGAAUUAAACCAGUAUUCUGUAUAUACCUCAUUGCGUGUUUCACCUACCCUUAAAUGGCAGAAAAACAGGAGAAAAGCAUUUCACAGUAGAAGUAAACUUAGUCUCAAAAUUUUAUCUCAAAAGUCGAAGAAACCACCAACUCCAUGGGUAUUUCAAAUCACAGUAUGCCACACUUCAAAACCUGGCAAGUUAGGGUGCAACUAUAAUGCUAAGAAGAAAGAAUUACAUCAAAGAAAAGGUGUAUCAGAUAUAGCUUUGCAUCUUCUUUAUGUUUCCAAGCUUCCUCCUCCUUAUAUUAAGAAGUAUUCCAGAAAAAAACUAGUAAAAGUCACGCCAGGUGUAACAGGAUGUAGACAUUCUCUGCUUAUGCAAAAUAAGUCACUGGAUGCAGAGAAUGUCAAUUGUGUGGAGUCUGUUGAGAAAAGAGGAAACUUAGACAAUGCUAAAAAUGUAAAGCAGCAUGGCAGAGAAUAUGAAGGGCAAAAAAGCAUUUCAGCAAAACUUCCACCCCGGCUAGAACAGUCUUUCAUGGUCAGUACUUUUCAACUAAAAGCACCUUGUUCUUCAUUAAUAGAAAUGAACUGGAAGAAUAAAGAGUCUUUUAAAGACCCAAUUACACAAGAAAAAGAAAUUGGUAUUGCAGAGUUCCAUGCCCCCAAUAGUAAAAAAACAUCUGACCUGCAUAUUCCAAAGCAUGAGACACCUUUAGAAGAAGCUGUAUCAGAACCUUGGCAAAAAUUUGCUUCCUCUCGUGAAAUGGAAUCAAACAGAAGAAUGGAAACACAGGAAGACCUAAAAAGUACAGAGAAUUCCCAUCUUCCACUUUCAAGUGGAGACAAGUUACCAACUAGUUUGCCAGAAACACAAAGGUGCUUUCCAAAUAGAAAUAUACAAAAGCAAAAAGAUUUUCUGGAAAUUGUUCUGGAGACUUCAGAGGUCAAUUUGCUUAUCUCACUAGGAACUAAAGAGCAGAAAAGCAGUGAGCAAUUAGCAAGUGUAAAAACUCAAGAGAGUACAGAAGAUAUAAUUAUGAAGGAAAGGAAACCGUUAAUACUUCAUGUAACAGAAUGUGAUAACCUAAGUGAAAGUGAGAGUCUGGCAUGUAACACUAGAAUCAACAUAAAUAUGCAAGAUAAAAGAAUAUUUGCUACAUUUCACAAUGCCACUAACACGACCAUUUCUGAGCGACCUAAUAUGAAAAUGCAUAACAGAUUGAAAACCAAGACAGAUAUAUCAACAACAGGUUUUAGUCCUUCCGUGGUAGAGCAAGAGAAAUUACCAGAUGAAAUGAAAGCAUUAGAUGCAAAAUACAUUGAGGAGAGAUGUAUAUUUAAAAAGCCAGAAGAACAUGGAAGAGAGGAAGAGGAAGAGACUUUCCAGGAAGCAGUUUCACAGCUGAAGCAGGAUUUCAGGGUCAGCCUGCAGCUAAGGCAGAAGCCUAAAUAUGUCAGAUUUGAAAUAAAACAGAACAGUUCAUGUAGUAGAAAAACCCCAAAUAAAGAGCAAGAGGUACAACCACAAACUUUUUCUAUAGAAACCAUUGUGGGGAGUACUUCAUGCCCCACAAAGGAUCAAUUUCAAGUUCAGGUAAAGCAAAGCACAGACAGACCUACAGGCAGAGAGACUGAAGAUCCGAAGAAUCCUCUCACAGUGCGAGAGAACUCACCAGUGGGUGAAGUUUUAAUUGAUACAACAGAGCGUAAUGUCCCAUUCGGUGGAAGCCCCAGAAAGAUACCAGAUGGUCAUAUUGCAGAGGAAAAGGAAAACUUAAAACGAGUUUUACCUGCAGCUGCCCUGGGGUCAUUCAUCAUCCACAUGCUUCCUUUAUCAUCUUUCAAAAGGCAGAAAAUCAGAAGCAAGUUAUCAGGAGGAAAAAGCAUACUCAGUCCCACACUUGUCAUUAUGAAAGUAAAGAAGCCAGCAAAUUUACUGAUGCCUUAUAUCAGUAAGCAUGGUAUGCCAAGUCUUAGGAGAAAACUGAGAGGCAAUUUAAAAAUCCUAUUUAAACAGAUACUGCAAGAUAAAAUUGUCACUCAUGUGCUUGUGAAUGAUACUUACCCUCACGUGUCUACUGUGCCUCGUCUUACAAUUCACAGCAGAUUCAAUGCGGAGAAUCACAGUCAUACCAAGCUAAACCAAGAGGAAUCAGAGGAGGAAAGGGAUGAAAAGUAUUCUGCUUUUAUUAAGAAAGGAAAUGACUCCGGAAACAUACUAGAAGAAGCUAAAUUGCAAGAUGAAGUGAGAAGAGACAAAGAAGCUCCACCAGAAGCAGUCCUUCGUGAUCCCUGGAACCUUGGGCUGAAUGCAAAUCCAAAGAAGGAGCUGAAAACACAGGAAGAAAUGCCUCAACCAGUUACAUCCAGAGAAAGCCUUGUGGAGUCUGUAUAUAUUCCGAUAAUGGAUCUAUUUCAUGUUGAGACUAUGAAGAAAAGCCUAGCAACACAAGCAGACUUAAAAUGUACUGCAGAUGCCAAAAUGCCUCUUCCAGCAUCAGAAAAAUCACUGAUUGGAGAAGCUUUAAACCAAACAAGAGAAAGUGAUGUUGUAGAUUACGGAAAUGAUGCAAAAGAAAUGAGUUACUUUUUUGCAGACACAAAGGCAGAAUUACCAAAAGAUUUACCAGCAACUUAUUCAGAGACAUUGAGUUACUACAUGCCUGUUUUAACUCAUUCAAAAGUGAAUAAAAACAGAGUAGGAUUCUCACACACAGAAAGUCCGGUGAAGCCCAAGCCUGUACCAAUGAAUACAGUGAAGCCAUCAAUUUCACAAGUGUUUAAUAGCACAGGAAAGAAAUUGGACUCCAAGUUGAAGGUCAAGUCGGAGAAGAUCAACCACGGUAAUGGAUUGGUAUAUGACUUUAUAAGUAGCCUUUUUUCUCCCACACGUAGCAGAUUACAUGGAGAGACAAACAGCUUCUGUCACACUCAGUUAAAGCAAGGGCAAUUAGCAGAGGAAGUGAGACCACAGUAUGUUGAUUUCUUUGAUAAGUGUAGUACAUUCCAUGACCAAGAAGAAAAAGUGAAAGAUGGAGAGGAAGUGGAGCAAAAAACUUUGCUAGAAGCAGCUUUGCAGCGUAUGGAGCGUCUCUGGCCCGAUGCAUUUCAAGGGAAGGAGACCCACCUUGAUGAAUGGUGCCCAGCAUUGGACAGUUUAACACAGCAACUGCCUGUUAAUGAGCAAGAUGUGCAGCACCAAAGGUGGUUUGCACAAACUACUUUGCAGACUGGCCUCCGCAUGGCUCCUAGAGAAGCCAAGGAACUCUGGAAAACCAGCAUAACCGAACAUGCCCUAACAUCCCCUGUGGGUCUGAAGAUUCCACUUCCCAAAGCAGAGAACUCCCAAGGCUUCCUAUUCAACACAUAUCAGAAAGAGAAUGUUGACCUUGUCAAAUCAGACGAGCAACCGAAACAACCAGGAGGUCGAAAUCUUCAGGUACAACCACAAAUACGUGGUACACAAACCGUUUUAGGUUCUGCUUCAUGCCCCAUACUGGAUCAGCUUCAAUUUGGAAAGCUAGAGAAUUACGCUAGGUUUUCACCUCCAAAGUCAGAGGAAGUGAAGAAUGAUGAGAUCCUUUUUUCUGCAAGAGAAUAUGGUGUUCCAUCUGAUGCAAAUCACCAAAAGGAACAGGCUGGUGGUAUUGAAAAGAAAGACACAGUGACUUUUGAUUUCUGCCUAUUUGCUUUAUCUACACCCAAAAAGAAGAGAAAUUUCAAGUAUUCAGACAAGGAAAUCUUAGUGAAUACAAAAUAUGGACUUCUAAAAGCAAAGAAACCAUCAGUUUCAAACAUAUUCAAUAUCAAGGUUGCAUCUAGCCCAAACCAUAGAAAAGAAUUGGGAUGUAACCCUACAACCAAAAUGAACGAGGGGGAUCAUGGUGAAAAAAUGGCAGCUAAAAUGUAUUCUUUCAUGUCUAUGACACCUGACAUUAAUGUGUAUGACAAGAUAGAAAGAGAAAAAGAUUUGUUAGGAGAAAGGAGUCUCAGUGCUCAGCCAGUAAAGCAAGCAGUAUCAGCACAUGAAGGGAAUAUUACUUCAGAUGACACCAACGAAAGCAGUGCUCAGGAUGAGGAGGAAGGAAACAGCGAACAGGAGACAUUAAAAGUAAUUCCACAGUACAGCCAGCAUUUCAAAUUCUGUUCAGACCAGAGGGAGGAGCUUGACCUUCAUCAAUCAGAAAACCACAGAAGUGGGAAAAUUCUCUUUAUUAUAGACCAAGACAUCCCACAACAAAUGCAGCCUACAGAUUCAGUGCAGGGAGAGAAGCCAGAGAAGAGCCACCAGGCACACAAUGGUGCAGUGUCUAUAGUAAGUUCAAAGCUGCCUCCUCCAAAGUCAAAGCACUCACUAAUUGGUCAGGUUUUAAUGGAUUCAAUGAAGGAUGGUGUCCCAAGCGUGGGUAGCCACCUGGGGGAACGGUACCGUCAUGGUGAAGAGGAAAAUACAGGGUAUAAAAAGGAUCUACAAGCCACUGUCUUGGAGUCUUUGAAGCUAAGGAAAUCACCACGUGACAGGGAAGCAUGGAAGGCCAGCUCAACUGACACACAAAACAGAUCAAGCAACACAAUGAAAACAAAUGUGCAACAUGAAAAGGAAGAGGAAAAUAUCCAAAGACUGGUAUUGGAUUCGGUUCCACACGAUGGGCAACACUGCAGCUUCAGCACCCAUCAAAUGAAAAAUCCUGGUUCUCACCAAUCAAAAUCUGAACUGAAUAAUUCAGAAGUCAGAAGGACUUGGAAUUUGCCUUGUACAGCACAAAAGAUGAGACAAGAAAAAUGCUUUAGAGAAACUAUUUUGGAGCCUGUUUCUAGACACGUGAUGAAUUUUCUUCAAGUUGAAACAGCGAAAAAACGUCUUCUUUCUCAAGAAGAAAUAAAAUGUGUGGAAGUUCUAAAGACUCCAUUGCCGAAAGCAAGGAAAUUAGAGACUGGCUCAAUACAAUGUGGCCCUCUGUGGGAUGGAAAUCCUAGGAGAAAAUGGGAUAAUCCUAUUAUGGGGAAAAAGGCAUGGAAUCAAAAUGACUUAAGAACAGUCUUAAAACCUACAGAUUUUUCCAGCCUUGAUUCAUCUGUACCCCAAAGCCAGAGCUACACGUUGGAGUUUGUAAGCAAGAGAAGUGUAAUAAAUUCCAACCACGUAACUUGGAAGGCGAAGAAACGACCACGUUCACAAUUGCUUAAUACCACAAGGUGUAUUACAGGAAGCCAUAGAAAGAAAAAGGGGUGCACAUUUCAGUACAAGAUGAAAAAGAGACAGUGGAUCGAAAGUGUGGUGGAGGCAUCCCUGUCUGCUGCUGAGGGAACUGAUAUUCCACCACCUAAGAUAGUGACUGAUAAACACUCAUUCGAUACAACAGCAAGGAGCACUCUAUAUAACAGAACACUUCACAAAAAUCUGCAGGGUCAUACUACAGAGAAAGAGGCAGAGUUAGCCGAAAACUCAGCCACAACUUUCUUGGGACCUUUAGAUUUCUUCACACCUAUUUUAUCUGACUCUGAAAGCCAGAUAAACACAGUACAGUUAUUAGGAGAGAAAAUCACCUUGAAUAUCAAAUGUCCAGUUAUGAAGAAAAAGGAGCCGGCAAUUUCACAAAUACUUAAAAUCAGAAGGCAGUUUACCACAAAACACUGGACUAAACCUGGAUCCAAUUUAAAAACAAAAAUGAAACAGAUGAGGCAAGAUAAAAAUGUGGCUAAUACAUUUCCAAAUACCAUUGACUUCACACCGGAUACCCCUGACAUCGAAAGGCAAAGCAGAUUCAAAAUAGGGAUAGACAGAAUAUCAAGGUUCCAUCUCUCACAGCCAACACAUAUGGAGUUGCCAACUGAAAGGCUAGUGAUUUCACAAAUACUUAAUGCUACCAGUCAUGCUGCUUUAAGUAAUAAUGAGCAACAGGAAAAGAAGAUAGACAGAAAGAGAGAGAAAACUGUAUUAUAUGUGGACCCCAAAUCCAUACAUGAUUCUAUGCCUAUUUUUUCACACAUAAAAAUGGAGCCGUCACCUAGUACCUGGGGUAUCUAUGAAGAAUCUUCUGAAAAGGGAAAUGCACUAAACAAAGCAAAUACUAGCUCUGUUUCUGUCUGCACACCUGUGUAUCCUCAAAUCAUAAAACAUACAAGUAAGGCAAAAACAGGAGAUGUGAAAGACAUUAUACAUACCAAAUGGGUAAAAUUGAAGGCAAAGAAGCCACCUGUUUCCCAACUGUUUCAUACUAUAAGAUGUAGGACCAGAAGAAACAAAAAGGAACAAACACAUAACACUAAGAAACAGAAGGAGUUCCAGCAAGAUAAAACUGUAACAGAUUCAUUUCUGAGCACUAUUUGUGAUUCUAGAUCUGUUUCAUCUCAAAUUAAACAAUUUACAGAAGUAGAAAGGGAGAAAGCCAGGCCAAGAAAUCCCAUAUACAAUCCUCCGCUAGAGAAAUCACUAAACAAAAGAAAAAUGUCAUCUUCAGCGUCCAAUGAUAUUAAGAAUACUGUAUCAAGAAAUAUGAAAACACUGAAACAAUGCAUUAGAGUGCAAAAAGAAAAUCGCCAAGCUGUUUUACUAGACGUUCUCCAACAAUGUAGAGAUCAGUUAGUGAUUAGUCAAGAAGUAAAGAAGGAGCUUGACCAAGUGAAAAUAGGAGUAACGUUGGAAAGAGAAGUAUACCCUGGUCUAGCUUCCCAGAAGAGGGAAAUCGAUUACCCUAGGUUCGACAUCCCAAGAAUUAGAACACAUACAGAAUGUGUAUUCCUUGUUGCACAAAGAGUGAAUGAAGAAGAUGUAGAUGCCAUUGAACGUUUGGUUUCAGUUCCGCGGGGAAGAGAAAUAUCAGAGAAAACCAAUGCUUCAUUAAGUUCAAAACGACAGAAUAUGUUUCUUACAGAGUUGGAUGCUUCUCAACGGAAGACUUGGAGGGAGCACGAAUUGCCAAAACAAGGAAGUAUUUCAAUGACAAAUCUGGAGUCUGUUGCCUACCCCAUUAUGAAACCUCUUCGUUUUAAAAACACAGGAAAGAUAGCUGAGGAAGAUAUGCACACUAACAAAAAAAAUAUUUCACAUCUAUUGAGAAGAGAAGAUAUAAAAGAAACUGAUAUCUUGAAAGGCUCAAAAGGACAGAAGUUUCUUUAUACCAGUCUGGCAGCCAAGCAAAAUAUAUCUGCAGUGCAGAAAGGAGAGGUGAAGCCAGGUGACAUUCCUGAAAAUGUUGUGGAUUCUGUAUCUUGCCCACAUAGGGAUAACCAUUUUCAGAUAACACAGGCAGUAAAUACAAGGAAAGAAGAUGUAAGAAUUUCUAUAAAUUUAUAUGUAAAUCCAUGGAGGAAAGAACAAUCAAAGCUAACUGAUAGUCCAAUAAGAUUAAAUGAACAGAAAAUGAUUUUUGCUGAGAAACUGAUGGCGAAGCAACUAGAUAGGUCUAACCAUAAUAAAGAAAAUAUCCUGGAAUCCAUUUCUUCAUACAUAUUGCAUCAACCCCAUCAUGAAACGCUAAAGAAAAAUGUGUCAGCAAAAGGAAUGAAUUCAAAAGUAUUGAGUUCAGUGGUAGACAAUGCAUCAAAUGAAGUGGAUACUCCACUAGAUCAACCUCCAUGCUCAGGAGUUAACUUACAUAGUAGAAGAAAAGAACUUCAAAAAGAAGGUACAUGCAAGGCUCUUCCAACAUCUGUUUCUUAUUCCUCGACAGAAGUACUUCAGAUUAAAUUGCCAUGUGUAAAGAAAGUAUUAAAGGCCCCAAUGUACGACACUUCAAAUACAGAAGGAAUUGGCUUGCCUGUUGAGGAAAAAGAAGAGCAACCAGAAUGUAUACGCCAGAUUUCUCCAAAGCCUGCUUCUCACUCUUUGAGGAAUAUAUUUCAGAGUAAGAUACUAUGUAAAGAGAAGGCAUCAAAAGAAGUAGUUAGCACUGUGGAUUGCAUUCCAAGUACAGAAAAAAUUGGCUCACUCAUUACAAGUAAAGAGAGCAAGGUGCAGAUAGGUAAAGGUAAAUCAUGUAUGAAACUGACAAGCUUGUGUGCUCCCUUACCAUCUCUAUCACAAACUAAUGUGAAUUCAAGAAUAAAAGUAGGGCAAGAUAAGUCAGGAAUACUAAAGAGCUGCCUUCCACCACUAAAGGUCAAGGUAUCAUCAAAUGUCAGGGAAACACUAUUUGCAGAGUCAAUUAAUAGAGAUGGUUUAAGCAAUGUAAUAGAAUCAAAACAUUUAACACAGGAAAAAAAGGAAGGUGGAGAAAAUAUCAUAUAUGUGAAAAACAUAACGGGCCUCAAAUGUGUCACUCUUAAAGGAAAGAAAACACCUUUGAAAUACAUACUGCACGGACAAGAACCACAGGGGAACAACAGAGAACAAGAGGAAAUGAUGCAGAAAGAUAAAAGUGAUCUAGACAUAGUUCAGAAUAAGCGCCAUGCUUCCAUUCCUUCUUCACCACACCUGGAAUGGAUUCCUGAAAUAAAGGAGAUCCUCAUGCGAGGAAUCAUGGGAUUUUGUCUUCCAUCACUGACACUCAAGGAAUUAUCAGAUGCAAUGGGAAUAUGUGAGGAGCCAACUGAUGAUAUUUUAAGCAGUAUAAAAAAAGCAAGAUAUAUGCCACAGAAAGAAAGAGUAGAAAUGGCUUUGGAAGAAAUAAAACAACCCAAAAGAAUAGGUUUGAAAGCGAAACAGUCUCUGAUUGCACAAGAAUUACAGUUGAACAUUAAAGAAAACGAGAAAAACAUGCAGGAAGACAAAGAUAAUCAAGUCGGGACUUGGAACACAUCUCGUAUUUCUACCUUUUUUCCAUCUUCCUCAGAAGUGGACAUAAAUAUAAAAGGGGAAGAAGUGAGGCUAAUAGAAACAAGGUCUUCUUUUCUACAACUAGAACUCCAGGAGUCAUCAGAUAUAGAAAAAAUAGCAUACAAACAGUCUAUUUAUGGUGAUAUCUCAAACAGCAAAAAUAAAGCCAAAGAACAUACAAUGCAGGAAGAAGAGGAGCAAGUCAAAAAGGAAAAAACCGUAUUUUUUAGGGAAAAGAAAUCACCAAUUUCACAGGAAACCCAGCUGGACAUUGAAGAGGAAGAGAUAAAGAUACAAAAACUUAAAGAUGAGCCAAAUGUCCUUGUGACCAAUACCAGCACUUGCAUAAGUGCUCCUUCUCAUUUAAAACUGGAUACAAGAAUUAAAGCAGCAGACUCUCCAGCCAAAGUAACAAGAUACCCUCUUCCAGAACUAUCAUACCAGAAAUCAUCAGAUGCAGUGAAAAAAGCAAAUAAAGAGUCCACUGAUGAUGAUGUCACAAGUGAUGUACAAGAAGCAAAAGAAUAUAUGUCUCAGAAAGAAAAGAAUGAUGUACAGAUAUCAGCCGAGAGAGACGUGAUGGAUCCAAAAGAUAAAGAUUUAAAAAGAAAGAAAGCACUUUCACAGGACACAGCAUUGAAUCUUAAAGAGCAGGUGAAAGUGGAUGCAGAAAGUGAAGAGCAAGGGGGAAUGGAUGGAGGAGGUAAAGGUGAACAGGAAGUAGUUUUGCCCACACAUUGGGCUUCUGAAUCUUCUCUAACUCAUCGUGAAUUGGGCACAAGAAUAGAAGGAGAGGAAGACAUCCAGGGAAUAACAAGAUCUGCUGUUGCACAUCUAUACCUACAGAACUCAUUUGAUGCAGGGAAAGUAGCAUACACAAAGUCAACUGGUGAGGAUGUCUCAAAGGAUGUAAGAGUAGUACAAGAGUAUGAGCCAGAGAAAGGAGAAGAUAGAAGAAAAAUAGUAAAUAUGAAAUAUCGAAUGUAUCCCAAGGGCACAGCUUCCAAGGAAAAGUUAUUACCGCUUCCACCUGUGCUCCGUACCUCUGGGAGUUGUGGUCCCCAAGGUAUAGUACAGACAAACAUGCAAGAAACAUUAGGAAACAUACGGGAAAGAAGUGAACUAGAUAAACUUCUGACAAGAACUUCUCUACUUCAGUUUAAAUUAAACAAAGGUAUAGAAGGCAAGGAAGAGAAGGAAGGAAUAACAAGACCCUUUCUUCCACCCUCAUGGCACAAGGAAUCAUCAAGUGCUGAGAAAUUAAAAUAUACAGUCCCACCUUUGAAUGGCAUCUCAAGUAAUUCAAAAAGAACAAAAGACAUGACACAGAUAGAAGAGGAUAAGGCAAAUCGUUUUGAGGGAGACAUAAUGCAUCCCAAGUACAUAGCUUUGAGAGCAAAGAAAUCACCCCUUUUCCCUAUACUCAAAACAAAGAAACUGCAAGUAAACCUCAAAGAACAAGCGAAAGUGAGGCAAGAAGAUAAUGAGGAAACCGUUGUGCUUCUGAGCAAAAUCCAUCCUUUUAUCACGUCUUCAACUCAUCUUAAGUGGGACACAGUAAAAGAUGAGGGAGGUGAACCAGGAAUAAGAAAUGAUGUGCCACAUGUUGAGCUCCAAGAAUCAUUGCCUACAAGGCAAAUAGCACCUGCACCCACAGAUUCACCCGAUAGCCAUGUGAAUAAAGGAGAACAACACCCACAACAGGGAGAUAGGAACAGAGUACAAACAGAAGCCAUGAAUGGCUCAAUGCAACCCAGUGACACAGAUUUUAAGGCAAAGAUAUCACCAGCUCCUCAUGUGUUCAGUAUUACUGAGCACAAUGUUUUGAACAACAGAAAGGAACCACAGUGGAGCAUGACAGAGAAAGUAAACCAGGAGCAGCAAAGAACAGGAGACCCCGAUGUGGCUCUUACAAAGACUCCUCCUUCCACACCUUCUCCAUCUCACCACAGAGCCUCUCCUUCACAAUCACUGUGCCCCACGUCAUCAGAUGCAGGAAAAACCCGACAUGCAGAUUCCAAUGAGGGUGUUAGCUCAUCCAAUGUAGUAAUAAAAGUUUAUCAACCUAUGCCAUAUACAAAGGUAAAGAACAGAGUAAAAAUAAAAGAUGGGGAAGGUAGAAGAUUUCCCACAAUAAUCACUUUAAGAGCAGAGAUAUCCUCAUUUCCACAUCUACCCAGUAGAAAGAGACUACCUGUGAAUAUUAAAGAGCAAGGGAAAGAAGUGCAAGAAGGCAAAAGUGAACCAGAAAUGAUUCAGAAGGACGCCUGUGCCUCCUUACCUUCUCCAUCUUACCUGAAAUGGGACAAACAAAUGAAUGAAAAGGAACACAUGUUAGAAAAAACGCAAUUCUCUUUUCCACCAUUAAAGAUCCAGGAUCCAUCCAAUUCAGGCAAAAAAGCAUAUACUAAAUCAUUUGAUGGUGAGUUAAAAGAGAAGGAUAGACUCAAAAUAGAUAGUGAAGAUAAAAUGGUCCCAAUAUGUGUGGCUCGGAAGGCAAAGGAAUUACCCCUUUCACAUAUACUUGGUACCAAAAAAUUGCGGCGGAAAAUUAAAGAGCAAGAGAGAAAGGUGCAGAAAAAGAAAAAUGACCUAGUUAAAAAUCUUGGAAACAUGCAUACUUCUUUACUUACUCUCCCAUAUCUUAAAUUUGGUACAACAGAAGAAGAGGGGUACAGGGUAAGAAUUACAAGUCUGCCUCUCCCACAACUACAGUCCAAGCAAUCACUAGAUGCAGUGAAAACAGAGUAUGCAGAAACAACUGACAGAGAACUUUCAAAUGAUGUAAAAGAAUUAAAAGAACACACGUUACAAAAAGAAGUGAGGGAUGGAGAGAAAAACGUGGAUGUGAAUAGUAUAAUGGACCCCAAUGAUAGGUAUUUAAAAGCAAAGAAAUCACCUAUUUUACUUAGAUACAAUCUAUGUGACCAUCAGUGGAAAACUAAAGAACAAGAGGGAAUGGCUCGGGAAGGUCAGCAUGAGCCAGAUGGUACAAUACUGACUAAGACUUGUAGAGCUUCCCUACUUCACCUUUACAAGAAUACCAGAGGUGAGAAAAAGAGAACGCCCAUAUUAACAAGAUCCUCUCUUUCCCCAGUCAACUUCCAAGAAUCAUCAGAUUCUGAGGACAUGGAAAGUGUAGAGCCAAUUGCUAGAGAUAUUUUAACCAGCCCACAAAAAGGAAAACAUCAUAUACCCCCAAACAAGGAAGGGGAUAGAGUAGAAACAGUAAACCUCAUGUUCAUCAAACAUCAAGAAAAGAAGAUGCAAGAGAGUAACGAUGAACCAGGUGUGGUUCUUGCAAACUCUUCCUUGCCAUCGUCAUCUCUCCCUCACCUCCAGUUGGAUAAAGAAGUACAGGUAGAUGAUGAAAUGCUAGUGCUUACAAGGUCUGUUGUGCAGAAAGUAUCAAAUGCCGGAGAAAUAGUACAUACAGAAGCAAUUGGUGGUGAUGUCAUGCAAGAUAGUCAAAAUGAGAAACAGCAUGUGCCACAGGAAGAGGAGCAGGAUAGGGAAAAAAUAAUAAAUGUGAGAAGUAUGAUGCAUACCACAGGUAUAAUUUUGAAGUCAAAGAAAUCACCCCCUUCACAUAUGCUCCAUAGAACAGAAUUGCAUCUGAUCAUUGGAGGGCAAGAACCAAAGAAACAUGAAGGUCAAGGUAAACUACCCUGUACAGUGCUCAGAAAAAUUUAUGUUUCCAAACCUUCAGCUAACCUUACAUUGGAUAAAGGUACACAAGUAGAUGAAAAAAGGCUUGGAAUUAGGAGACCCUCUCUACUUCCACGCAUGAUUUCAGCAUUAUCGGGUACAGAGAAGAGAGCAGAUACACGGGCAGUUUGUGAUGUAAGAAAAAGGAAACAACAUACGUCACAGAAAGAAAAAAAGUAUGAAGUGAAAACAGUAGACAUGAGGAUCAGGAUGCAUCACAAAGAGGCCAGGAUUUCGUCAAUUUCACAUAUCUUUAACACAAAGGGAUUUGUGUUGAACAUUAAAGAACAAAAGGAAAAUGUAUGCAGAGGUAAAGAUGAGCUACCUGUAGUUCUGACAAGGACUUUCCUUUCCAUCCCAUCAGCACCUCCCCUUUAUCUAGACACAGGGAGCAAAAUAGACAAAGAUGUACCAGGGGCUACGGGAUCCUCUCCUCUCCAGCAGAAUCUCCAGGAGCCAUCAGAUACCCAGAAAACACCAAGCACAGAGGCAGUUGCUGGUGAGAGUGAAAUCGUUGUGAAGAAAGCCAGACACUCUUGGCCGCAAGAAGAGACACUGCAGCAGUGGACCUCCAACUUCAUGAUCAGUGCGCAGCGAAGGAGUGAACCUCCACGAGUCAAAUCUGAAGGAGACUUGAGGCUGUUAGUUUUAAAUUCACGGCAUGAGGACAUUUAUUUAACGGGAUUUGGUAACAUAAGUGGGAAAAGGCUGGAGUAUUUCUUUACAGGGCAAGAGGCUCGACCAGAAAAAUACAAAACAGAAGCUUUUACAACAUUUCUCUCCUACCCCACAAUGGAUCCAGCUAAGAUGGGAAACCUGAAGAAAGAAACAGAAAUAAUGGAUAAUAUAAACCAUAAAAUGAGUCUUGAGCGUUUAGUUUCACCACCAAGGAAACUAUCCAAGGAAAUAUAUGUCACAUUUGGUACCCCUGUACGUGCAAAAGGAUUUUCUGUUUUAGAGCAAGAUGCCCACCAACAAAAAACUCUAUCCAAAGCACCUCCAGGAUCUUCAGAUUCAUAUACAUCUGAUAAGUCAGAGACAGAGGUACAAAAUCAUGAUAAAAUGAGCAAAAUGCUCUCUUCCAAAGCAUUAGCCCCACAGACAAAGGGGUCUCUUGGGAAAAUGAAUAUCACAGAGUCAGAUACCCCUCCAAUUGUAGACGGACAAGAGAUUGUUGUGCAAAAGCAAGUGGUGUUACAGUCUGACAGUGGACAUAAGACCUGCCUGGACUCCAACUUUUCUCUUAAAUUCCCAUUUAAAAAUGAAAGGCAGAAGACACCAUUGGAAACAGAUGUAUGCAAGCAAACUACAGUGUACCGCAGAAUACAAAUACGCCCAGGAACACACAUGGAUAUAUCAAUAUUUGAUACCUUGGGAGGGAAAAAAGAGCAGGCAUUGCCAGAGCCAGAACAAGAGGAAAGCAUUCUAGAAUCAUUUAAGAACUCUCUUUCCUCCCACUGGACUUUUCCAACUCAAUCUGAAGAUCUGGAGGGAAAAAAUAAAACGGACACUAGCACUACUAUAAAUCUGGAGCAAAAACCAUUAGAGAUGGAAGAAGGGGAAUUAAAAAUAGACACAAACAUAGUUAUCUGUCUGGAAAGGGACAAAACAGAAAUGCACAAAUGCAUCAUUGCCGAUCUGGAGGAGAACAUAAAAAGGGACGCAAGAAAUACUGCAAACCAGAACACUCCAUCUCCAAAGGCAGAGGAAUCUCCAGCUAACACUCCAGUGAUCACUUGUCUGGGAAACAGCUGCCCAAUUAAACGAAAACAUAAAAAAGACCUAGAAGUCCCUGGUGCAAAACAAAACAUUCAGCCACAAAAAAUGUUUCAAAAACAUAUUCUGGAUUCAUUUUAUGCCUACAUUCCUCUUUCUCUCAAAUUUGAAGGCCGGAAAGGCAGAUUAACAAUAGCAGAUUUGAAAAGAGAAUUGAGCCCCAAAUAUUUAGCUAUGAAAAUCCAAAAUCACCCAGUUUCACAGAUUCUUAAUAACACAGGACGUGGUACUCCAAGCAAUAGAAAGAAAUUAGAGUAUGACUUCAGCAGACCAAAGAAAACAGUUUUGUGGCGUGAAGAUACCUCAGGAAUAUGUAUCAGAAGUCUUUCUGUUUCCCCGAUGAGUUCAUCUCAGACUGAAGAAACAGUAGAAUCUGAGACAAACCUAGAAAGAGAAAAGAUGCUCUGUCUUUCUGAAUUCCAACAGAAAUCACCAAACACUAGUGACAUUAAGAGGAACAGCGCAAGCAUUGGAAAAGAAGGGUGUCUUCCAUUCUACCCACUGUCAGAAUCAGGAGCAAACCUCAGCAGUGAAACAAAGGGAAACAUUUUAAUUCCACAAACAAAAGAGGAAACCGAGCUAUCUGAUCCUGAUAGCUCAAGGAUCAGAAACGAACCUGACUUGAUUAUGACUGAGGAAGAAGAAAAGGCACCCAAACCCAUUCUGAUGCUCACAGAGUGUCCACUCAUGUCUGAUGAUCCAAAGGACAAACAGGGAGUUAAGAGUGAACCCAUCCAGGACACAACCCCACAAAAGGUCCAGCAACAGAAAGCUUUUCCAGGAACUGGGCCUGAACCAUCCCAAGUUAAAAGUAAUGAAAUAAAAGUCAUGGCAGAGAGUAUAACUGCCAAAAGUAUACUUCCUCUUUAUGAAGCAAUUAAGAAUAUCUUUGAAUCUCAGAUAAAACAUAUGAUCCAAGACACAAUUUGUGAGGAUAUACUGGAAAAAGUAAAAGCCCAUAAACCUGAUGCUCAGGAGUUACCAUCUUUUGCAGAAAGUCCAGAUAUAAUAUCCAUAAUAAAACCUCCCAAAUUGCAGCCCAAACCUAUUUUAGAAUGUCUUCCUCUGGAAGAAAACAAUAAGCUCACUAAUCAUUUAGAGUCAAAAGCAGUUGAAAUAAAACUGAAUCUGAUACCAGAGGUAGCAAAAAAAUCUUUCCAAAAGUUCAGCCUUUAUCUAAAACAGUCUAUUUCAGAACAGAACAGUUGGAGGCUACAUCGAAGACCUAAAAAAGUGUGCUUUUUGCCUCUAGAAGGGAUUGAUACUAUAGAACCUAACUUGAAACAGAAAUACCCCAAGGAUUCACCUCUUGUCCGCUGUAUGAAGACAUCGAUUGUCAAUGUUUCAAGUGGCGACAAAGAGAUCAUUACAAACCAAAAAAGUGUUAGAAAGCUAGGAAGCGGGGCAUUGUCAGUGACUUGUGCUAAUGAGAUGCCAUUGACUCCUAUCCUUCAAAACUAUUCAGCAGAAGAAAAAGACAAACUUCUCAUACACUUUUCUAUAAAAACAUUAGAGAUUCAAAUGAAAGCCUUUCCCAGAAUUGUAAGAGAAUCUUACACAAUGGCUGGUACUCAGAAUACAAAGAAACCUUUAUCUAAAUUUGUUACUUCUGAUGUCAAAGCACCAAAACAAAAAAACAAAGUUUUGUUACUUUUUGAGGAAAACUCUCUUCAUCAAAUAGAUCUUGAUUUGCGAUACAAAUACCUUCAUUUUCUACUGGGGCUUUCAGUCAAAAGUAUGUUCUCUAAACCAAAUGCACUUCCCAAACAUAUUCUUAAGUUAAACACAGCUGCAGUUUGUAAAAAUAUAGAGAACAGGGGAGAAAGUGGAGGUGGUCUUUGCACUGACACAGAACAACAGCACAUCUCUUCCAAGAAGCAAAGUCCCCAUGGAAGCUCAUCACUGAUGAAAAAACCCCUGGAGCCGACCCAUGCGUGUGCUUCUAACCCUAAUCAACAUGGCACAGCGCAGAAAGAUAGUAGUACAGUUCUUUCCGAGUUAAGAUCUCAUGUGACUCCAGAAAAAAAUAAACAAUGUCAUGUGUGGUUUCAAGAAACAGAUACAUAUAAAUCUUUUGAUCCAAAGACUCGGGAAAGUACUCCCAGUUUAGUUGAUUCCCAUUCAGUUCAGAUUUCUGAAGAUUUUACGGAGAGUCAGACAGAUAUUCAGAGUCCAGCCAACUUGGAGGAAUGCUCAGCUCUUGACGUAUAUGGAAGUGAAGAAUGUCUGUUUAUAGAAGCCAGACCAUUUUUAAGUCAGGAAUCCCAGAACAUUCUGUUUGAAUUACAGAGAGGCAUUCCUUUGGAAAAUUUCUACAAGAUGAGAAAAAACAAAACUAAUUUGAAACCAUUUUACAGGGAAGAUUCAGGUUCCCAUCAUCAUAUUAGAAGCUGUAGAAAACAUUCCUCAAGUGUGACACCUUCUUAUGAAUCCCACAAAAGUGGGAAAUAUAGGUCAUCUGACAAGAUGCCAUUUCCCGCCUGGUUGUGCCACGGUUCGUUAAGUGCUGUAGACAUUCCAUCUAAAUCAUCUUCCAUUCCAUUCAGUGAAGAGAAACCUUCAUGGACCACAGGGUACAGAACCAGCUACUCCUUAGUCCCCUUAACGGAAUCAAAUAUCAAAUUACAUCUUACAAAAAGCCAAGGCAAACCUUACAGGCAUCUUGAAAGCAAAGAAAGAAAGAAGGCGAAAUUGGAUUUAUUUAGAAAGAACAACAUGCAUUGGGACUGUGAUUACAGUUAUACACAGAAUAAAGAGAAAUGCACAAGAAAGAAAAACGUAUGUAAUUAUGAGUUCGAAAAAUCGAAUCAUUACCCAGGCAAACCUAAGUUACCAUCAAAGCCUCAUCGAGAGGACCUCUACUUCCAUUUUGAAAGAAAACAAAACCAGCCAUUUUUUUAUGCUUGUAUUCCAGCAGAUUCACUGGAGAUUAUGCCCCAAACCAUUCGCUGGACUAUUCCCCCAAGAACUUUAAAGAAGACAAACUUCAGAGUUCCUCUAGUGGCAAAGAUUUCAAGUUCUUGCAAUAUAUGGACUUCAUCCAAAAAGCUCUUGGGGUCUCUCUUGGAGUCCUUCAGUCUAGUUCAUCCAAAUUGACAAUACCAUAUCUAGAUUCACCUGAAGUGGAAAGCUGGUUGUUACUGUGGUAUUCUGUGAAAAAUAAAAUCAGAUAAAGUCAAA